AGUGACCAACAAAAUUCUAGAAGCAUCUCAUUAUCUCUUAAAAAACCCCUCCUAGUUGUUGAAGCUAGGGUUUUAUCUUCUUACACUUCUAAUUCAAACCAGACGCAUUCUCAUCUGUAUUGAAGUAAAAAAAAUGUCGAGCGUGCAGCUUACAGCAUCAUCAAUUGCAGUUCCUGCAAGGGGUUUAGCAUCGUUUGAAGGUCUAAGACCCUCCUCUGUCAAGCUCUCUUCUGUUGGAACCACUCCCAAUCAACGCUCCUUUCGCUCUUUCGUCGUUAAAGCAGCCACUGUGGUAGCUCCAAAGUACACUUCGCUUAAACCCUUGGGCGAUAGAGUGUUGGUUAAAAUAAAGACGGUAGAGGAGAAAACGGAUGGUGGUAUUUUGCUUCCAACAACCGCUCAGUCAAAGCCUCAGUCCGGUGAGGUGGUUGCUGUUGGCGAGGGGAAGUCAAUUGGGAAAAACAAAGUGGGCAUUAGUGUGAAGACUGGAGCCCAGGUUGUCUAUUCCAAGUAUGCAGGAACUGAAUUGGAGUUCAGUGGUUCAAAUCAUCUCAUACUGAAGGAGGAUGACAUAGUUGGCCUUCUUGAGACAGAUGAUAUCAAAGAUCUUAAGCCUUUGAAUGAUAGAGUAUUCAUAAAGAUUGCCGAAGCUGAGGAGAAAACUGCUGGAGGUCUGCUUCUGACAGAGGCAACCAAGGAGAAACCUUCCAUCGGCACAGUGAUUGCCGUUGGACCUGGCCCUCUAGAUGAGGAAGGUAACAGAAAAGCACUACCCAUGGCACCGGGGAACACAGUGUUGUACUCCAAGUAUGCAGGGAAUGACUUCAAGGGCAAUGAUGGUACUAACUACAUUGCUCUAAGAGCAACCGAUGUGAUGGCUGUGCUCUCGUAGUUGUUUUUCUAAGCACAUUUUAUAUGUAUUACUGAAUUUUUCUGGAUGAGUUGCUUAAAGGCAUGCGGAUGUUGAAUUUAGUCUUGCUUUGGAUAUGAUGGAUUGCAUCUGUCUUUCUUCGCUAGAAUCAUGUUACCUUUUGGUAGCAAUUUAAUGGAAUAGCUGAAUUGCUUUUAAA